AUUUCAUUCUGUUAUCCGAACAUACGGGCAUUUUCAAAACGAGUAAUCUCCCUUUCCUAGUUACGCCGAUUUCCGAUGUCAAGGAGGUGAAGCUUUGAUGUAUAGAUAAUAGGGCAGAUGCUCAUUUUUAAUAAAGAAUUUGUCGUGAAUGCACCUGUGUCUUAUAUUGUUAUUUUAAUUGAAACAUGCCCAAGUCAUGUUGUGCAGUUGGCUGUAAAAAUCACAACUUGAUGCUGAAAAGAUUAUCAUUCUUUAGAUUUCCUAGAAAUGCCGACAGACAAAUUAAGUGGUUAGCUGCACUUAAAAGAGACAAACCAGACGGUACACCGUGGGUUCCAACAAAACACUCAGUAAUAUGUAGCGAGCAUUUCAUCACAGGUAAACCAAAUGAAGAUCACGACCACCCUGACUAUGUGCCUUCUGUGUUCUCCUUUGCUGUAACCAAUACAAAGACAGUUCAACAGAAAAAAAUAGAGCGUUAUGAAAACGUAGCUAAAAGGAAAAUCCACUUCACAUCACCAGAUUUAGCUGUGAAAAGGGUGAAAUUUGACCAAAAUCUUCCAACCCCUGAAACAUGUAUUAUGUAUGAAGCAACACCAUGUUCACCUUUAAGACAAAAGAAGGAAAAUAUAGCAACUUCGCCGUUAUCACCUAUGCCGUAUCUUAAUCAUGCUUUCAUGGAAUCACCUGCUAGGGGCACGUCUGCCAUACACAGACCCGUUACCUCAUCUGAACGGGAAAUGAUUUAUAGUGAAAUGGACAACUUACGAUCAGAACGAGACCGUCUGAUACAGGAAAAUGAUAAACUCUCUUCUCAGAUAACAACGCUUAGACUUUCUUCCUCUAUCAUUGAAAACAAUGACGUCAAAUCCAAUUUUUAUACUGGUUUGAAGUGGGAUGUUUUCCUGUCCGUAUUUACAUUUUUGCAGACAUUUAUGACAAGAACGCCUCUAGCAAGUAAAUUGGCAUUGCGUGAUCAAUUCUUUGUGACAUUAGUUAAAUUAAAGUUAGAUAUGCCGUUUGAGUAUAUUGCAGACCAAUGUGGAAUUCCUUCUUCUACUCUUCAUGACAUGUUCUGGAGGUGGAUUGACCUAAUGAGUACAAAGCUUGACUUUCUGAUACACUGGCCUGAUCGUGAAACAAUGAAACGUACAUUACCAAGUGUUUUCAAGGUCAAAUACCCUCGACUAACAUGUAUAAUAGACUGUUUUGAAAUAUUUAUAGAUAGACCAAAAAAAUUAAACGCCAGAGCAAAAUGCUACUCCAACUAUAAAAAGCACAGUACUGUUAAAGUUUUAAUUGGCUGUAGCCCUUUAGGUUCAAUAACAUUUUUAUCUGAAGUAUGGGGCGGUAGAGUGUCAGACACCGAAAUUGUGAGGUAA